AUGGCUAGCACGCAGCCCAACGACGAAACUGCUGGUGUCGCCAACAGGACCGGCGAGUUCGAUACCAACGUUAUCGCGCCUGCUGAAGCUCCCAAGAGGUCACCAUGGAAGGCGUGGAUGUAUCUCUGGGAAUGGUACCCCAAGCACUACCCUGAGGAGGAGAGGAAGUUGCUGAGGAAGAUGGACGCUUGUCUGCUGACAUUCUGUUCCUUCAUGUUCUUCCUCAAGUGGCUCGACUCUUCCAACAUCAAGAACGCCUAUGUAUCAGGCAUGAAGGAAGAGCUUAGUCUCUACGGCAAUGAGUACUCGCUAUUCGACACCUUCUACAACGUCGGGUAUCUCGUAUUCCAGGUCCCAUCUUUACUCCUGUUAUCCCGACCGAAGAUUGCCAAGUACUAUCUGCCGACCAUGGAAGUGCUGUGGUCCAUUGUGACUUUCUGCCAGAGUCAGAUGCGCAGCCGAAACGACAUCUACGGUACUCGAUUUCUGCUCGGUCUUCUUGAGACACCCGUAGCUUCUGGAACUACCUACGUACUUGGCUCCUGGUACAGGCCUGAGGAGGUCUUCAAAAGGACGGGAGUCUGGUUUGUCUCUAACAACAUUGCCGUGAUGUUUGGUGGCUACCUACAAGCUGCGGCUUACAACAACCUCAAUGGCGUCGGUGGCAUGUCGGGUUGGAGAUGGCUCUUCAUCAUCGACGGAGUAAUCUCUCUCCCUAUCGCCCUUGCAGGCUUCCUCAUCUUCCCGGGUCUACCAAGCAGCGCAAAACCGUGGUGGCUUACACCAAAAGAGCAUGCGCUAGCUCGCUCACGCAUGGCCAAUGCCGGUGUCGCACCAAGUAAAGAGCUUAGCUGGACGGUCGCAAAGCGAACAUUCAUGCGCUGGGAGUUCUACAUGGGCGUACUGUGUUACACAUUCUUCUUAUCCUCCUCUUAUCCUCACGGACAGAUGGCAAUCUGGCUCAAAGACCUUGCUGCCAAACUUCCCGGCGCCUACACCAUUCCCCAAAUCAACACUAUACCUACUGGUGCCCAGGGUGUCUCCGUCUUCGCCGCGCUCCUCGCCACCUCUCUCUGCAUGGUGUAUCCGCUCUGGUCCAUCUUCUCGAUCGUCCAGACUAUCUACAUCGUCGCCAACAUCUCUCUUCUGGUCUGGAACAUCCCCAAGGGCUACCACUUCGCCUGUUACUACCUGCUCGGUGUAUCAGCUGCCGUGACACCAAUUCUCAUGCCAUUCAUCAACAUGGCUCUACGUGACGACGCAGAAGCCCGUGCUGUCACCGUCGGUGCUAUGCUGACAGCUGGUUGGGCUGUCUUCUCCUUUUACCCCAUCACAGUGUUCCCUAUCGUCGAGGGCCCGAAAUGGACCAAGGGCUAUGCAGUGAAUAUCUGCUUCAUCGUAGGAUGCUGGAGUUCAUUCUUGAUCAUGCAGUACCUGUACAAGAAGAGCGAGAAUAGAAAGCAGAACAUGAUGAUUAGGGACGUGGCUAAGGAUCAGGAAGACAUGGCCGGACUAGAUAUCAAGGAUGCAGCGGAGGUCGAACACGCAGAGGUCAGAAAGUGA